AUGAUGCUCUGCCAUGGAGCAUGUGUGCUCAUGGCAGUGGUAGAGACGACUGCGGCUGCGGGUAGAAAAAACGGUCGUCGCGGCGCACUACCCACAGUACCAGAGCCUCCAGCUCCAGCACCUCCAGAGCCUCUAGCUCCAGCACCUCCAGCUCUAGUACCUCCAGCACCAGCAGCUCCAGUACCUCCAGCACCAGCAGCUCCAGCACCUCCAGCACCAGCAGCUUCGGCACCUCCAGCUCCAGCACCUAUAGCACCAGAAGCUCCAGCACCUCGAACACCUCCAGCUCUAGCAUCUCCAGCACUAGCAGCUCUAGUACCUGCAGCUCCAGUACCUCCAGCACCUCUAGCUCCAGCACCUCCAGCACCAGCAGCUCCAGCACCUCCAGCUCCAGCACCUCCAGCACCAGCAGCUCCAGCACCUCCAGCACCAGCAGCUCCAGCACGUGUAGCUCCAAUACCACCAGCACCUCCAGCUCCAGCACCUCCAGCAAUAGCAGCUCUAGCACCUCCAGCACCAGUACUCCAAGCGCCAUCACUAGAGCAGCCUCGCCAAACAACCCAGUCGCGAAGCUACUACCGUGAGAGGGUCUCCUGA